GUACUCACGUUAUUAACUAUUCCUGUCUAUUAUUAAAAAAGAAUGGCGAAAACAUUCUAUGGGAAACGAGCCCCUUCAGUACGUAAACCCGAAGUAGAUGACGAUACUAACGUCAACGUCGUCGAUGAUCAUUCCAAGACCGUCGUCGUCGCCAGUGACAAUCUUACCAAUGAAGUCAACGACGAUAAUUACAAGAUAUUUGUCGAAUCGUUCACCGGAAAGACCAUCUCUUUGAAAGUUAAACGCUCAGAUACCGUUGGCAAUGUGAAAGUCAAGAUCCAACGUAAGGAAGAUAUUCCCAUUGACCAGCAGGCACUGAUCUUUGACAAAGAGAUUCUUGAGGACAUCAAUACUCUUGCGAACUUCCCCAUCAAGAAGAAAUCCAGAUUGACACUAUUGCGUAAAUCAAGUAGCUUGAUCCAGAUACAUGUCACGACUCCCAAAGGACAGACCUACUCUCUGGAAGUCAGACCCUCAGAUACCAUCCACAACGUGAAAGCCAAGGUUCCUGGUUUCCCCCCUGAGGACCAGGAACUGAUAUUCAACAAAAUGGUCCUCGAGGAUAGUGGUACCAUUGCCGACUACAACAUCGAAACAGACUCCGCCCUUACACUUAUGCUUAAAUCAAAUGGAUGGAUGGAAAUAUUCAUCAAAACGCUCACUGGAACGACCAUCUCUUCGUUCUUCAAACCCACAAGCACCAUUCAUGACGUGAAAUCAGAUAUCCAGGUUCAGGUAGGUGUUCCCCGUGCUGAGCAGGCACUGAUCUUUAAUGAAAUGGUUCUCGAAGACAGUGGUACCCUUGUCGAUUUCCAAAUCAAGAAGAAAUCCACCCUUACACUUAUGCGUAAAUCAAGGGGAUUGAUGCAGAUAUUUGUCAAGACCACAUACGGAAACAAGAUUACCCUGGAAGUCAAACUCUCAGACACCAUCAGAAUUGUGAAAGCCAAGAUCCGGGAUAAGGGAAGAGUUCCCACAAUUGGGCAGAAACUGAUGUUCAAGAAAAUGUGCCUUGAGGACAGUUCUACUCUUGCUGAUUACCGCAUCCACAAGGAUUCCACUCUACAUCUUAAGUUUGUUUGAGGGGAUGAGGAAGUUUAUUAAUUAGGCAGCACAUACCUAAUGAUCCAUAUUAUAUAUCAUGCUUAAAGGAUGAUGCAUUGUGUCUUUUGGAGGUAGCUCUGUUUUGUUACAAGUAUGUGAAUCCACUGAACAGUAGCGUUUACUAUUAUAGUGCUCAUUCCUUUUGUUAAGUACAAAA